ACUCAAUUUGAGUUGUCAAGUAGCUCGGGGCAUUUCUAGAGCUCCGACCUGAAAAUGAAGACGUCAUGAUUUGACCUCGUAUGUUUUUCCGAGUUCCCAGUUGUUUUGAACGUAGGAACUGUAAUCGGUGUCUGACGUAUGAUGCACGCCCCCCAUUCCAACGCUUCCUGACAAAGAUGGCGGCGACCUUGUGCGGCAGGCUUUUACCAAAACAGGGAUGGCUUCCUCUGACACAGAGUGUCAGGCAUGGCUCUAAGGCAGUCACGCGUCACAGGAAGCCCAUGCACAUCCUCAAACAGAAGCUGAUGGCUAUCACAGAAUACAUUCCACCCAAACCUGCAGCUCCCCCCGGGGCUCUGACCCCCCGUGUCAAACCAGUUCAGGAGGAAAGUGGCCUGGUGUUGCUCUUGAAGAAGGAUUUGCAGACCAUGUUCCAGGACUGUAAGAUGAUCGCUGUGAUCCAAAACAACGCCACCAAUUCAGAGGACAUGCUGCUUCUCAAGCACAGGCUCCACAAGCAUGGCAUCAAAAUCAAGUUUAUCCCCAACCAGGUGAUGAGGUCCUACCUGGCAGACAGCCCUUACAUUAACAUGGGGCCUCUAUUCAUCGGCCAGACAGUUCUAUUUGUUAGUAAAGAGCCAAAGGUGAAGGAAAUGCUUUUGAGUUUGAGGACCAGCCCCCAGAUGGUAUUAUUGGGGGCCUGUAUAGAGAAGAUAUUGCUGAGUCGGCAGGGGGUGUUGAACUAUGCCAAGCUGCCGUCAGUGACCUUGGUCCAGGGAGAGCUGGUGAGUGGCCUGACCAUGCUGACCUCGCAGACAGCCUCAAUGUUGCAGCGCCACCCCGCCCACCUCUCAUUGAUACUCCAGCAGUACCUCAAACAGCAGGCUCCCGCAGGCAGUACCAACGGGACCCCAGGGGAGAGCCCCCCCAAGGCAGAGGAGACUGCUUAGGUCUAGACGAUUCACGCCCGCGGGGGAGGGGAAGGAUGUCGGCAGCACUAUGGCUACUGGGAGGUCAUGUCUGCAGAUUUAAGGUCUGCCUCUGACCUGGAGGUCAUACAAUGUACAGUACAACAUGAACCGCUACAACAACGCUUGAGAGCAACUCUUGGAGAAAACAUGUUUUUGUUCCUUUUGUUCAUUAUUUUGAUUACUACUCAUGUUCUGUUCUAAGGCCUCUUUGACCAUAUCAAAAAUAAAUGAUGUUUAAAAUAUUGUAUUA